CCAAACGAGCGAUUUAUUGCAUUUUCUAAUUCGCACCGAUUACGACCAUCGGAAAGAACCGGAAAAUGAUAACGGAGAAGCAGUUAUAAUCAAUGUAUCAAUUGUUGUUAGUAAUAUACGAGCUGUUUCGGAAGUUACCAUGGAUUAUGUUCUUGAAUUGUUUUAUCGCGAAUCAUGGUUGGAUCAACGAUUGCGUUAUCAUAAUUAUUUUAAAGAACGAAAAAUAUCAUUACAUGAAAGUUAUAUUAAUUUCUUGUGGCAUCCGGAUACAUUCAUGCCAAAUGCAAUCGCUUCUAAGAAUCCACAACAGCAUUCAAUUUCACAUCGCUCUUUGUUAAGGUUGAGCGAAGAUGGCACAAUUCUUUAUAGCCGACGAAUUUCCAUUGUUGCCGAAUGUCCAAUGGACCUUACACUUUUUCCAUUUGACUCACAAUUAUGCAAACUUGGCAUCGAAAGUUAUGGAUAUACAGCAGAUCGUGUCCGGUAUUCCUGGUCAAAAGAUGACAAAGCACCGCUACUGCUACAUAAAAUCCGAUUACCGGAUUUUCAGAUUAAAGAAGCUUAUGUAACGAGUGUUACUGAAAAUUAUGCUACAGGGAAUUAUAGCAGACUUUAUAUAUGUUUUGUAUUUGAUCGUUCUUCGGGAUUUUGUCUGAUACAGUUGGUUGUUCCAUCCACAGCAGUCGUUAUCACUUCAUGGGAUAUGGUUUCAAUUAUACUGGCAAUAACAUUCUUAAUUUUUUCAUACAAUGAAAUGAUGCCCCGUGUAAGCUAUAUUAAAGCUAUGGAUAUUUAUCUUGGUGUAUGCUUCAUGGCUGUAUUUUUAUCAUUGAUUAAGAUUGCUUUUGUGAAAUUUAUGCGACAAAGGCUUAGUAAAGACAAAAAGCGAUCUUCAACAAUUCAAUCAAUGUUAGCAAAGGUUAAUGUGGCCACAAAUGAUAACACAUUUAAUGAGCCUGGUAGCAUUGCUAUCGCAUCAUCUCGAACAGCUUGCAUCGAUUUUGAUUUAUCAUCUUUACAGAGAAGAUCGUGUCAUUUAUCUAAUUUGCAUACAUCAAUUUCAAUAAAUGAUCCAAUCGAAUUUGAUUAUUAUUUGGAAAGACGAGAAGAACUACGAUGUUUUACAUUAAAAAAUUUAUUGAAUAAUUGUGGAUUAUCAAAAAAGUCAAUAGAAAUGUUUCAUUGGAUAUCGCAGAUGAUCUUUAUGAUAGCAUUUAUAUCAUUUUGUUUAUUCUAUUUCCUAUUAUAUCCUAAUAUGCAAGUCGUAAUGGAAGAUGCGGAAUGUGAUCGUACAAAAUCGGAAUGGUUCGCUAAAAUUACUUGA